AUGUCUCUGCCGCUGUCGGAUUAUGAGAAAAGGAAGCAGAUUAGCGUGCGGGGUCUCGCCGGGGUGGAGAAUGUCUCCGACCUCAAGAAGAACUUCAACCGGCAUCUGCACUUCACGCUGGUGAAGGAUCGGAACGUGGCCACCCCCCGCGACUACUACUUCGCCCUGGCGCACACGGUGCGCGACCACCUGGUGGGCAGGUGGAUCCGCACCCAGCAGUACUACUACGAGAAGGACCCCAAGCGCAUCUAUUACCUGUCGCUGGAGUUCUACAUGGGCCGCACCCUGCAGAACACCAUGGUGAACCUGGGGCUGCAGAAUGCCUGCGACGAGGCCACCUACCAGCUGGGCCUGGACAUGGAGGAGCUGCAGGAGAUCGAGGAGGACGCUGGGCUGGGGAAUGGGGGCUUGGGGCGCCUGGCAGCCUGUUUCCUGGACUCCAUGGCCACCCUGGGACUGGCCGCCUACGGCUACGGCAUCCGCUAUGAGUUUGGCAUCUUCAACCAGAAGAUCUCUGGGGGCUGGCAGGUGGAGGAGGCUGAUGAUUGGCUGCGCUAUGGCAACCCCUGGGAGAAGGCCCGGCCCGAGUACAUGAUCCCAGUGCACUUCUAUGGGCGCGUGGACCACGGGCCCGACGGCACCAAAUGGGUCGACACGCAGGUGAUCCUGGCUCUUCCCUACGAUACACCCGUACCUGGUUACCGCAACAACACUGUCAACACCAUGCGCCUCUGGUCCGCCCGGGCCCCCAACGAGUUCAACCUCAAAGACUUUAACGUUGGUGGUUACAUCCAAGCCGUGCUGGACAGGAACUUGGCCGAGAACAUUUCUCGGGUGCUGUACCCCAAUGACAACUUCUUCGAGGGCAAGGAGCUGCGUCUGAAGCAGGAGUACUUCACGGUGGCGGCCACCCUGCAGGACAUCAUCCGCCGCUUCAAAUCCUCCAAGUUUGGCAGCCGGGACCCCGUCCGCACCUCCUUUGAUGCCUUCCCUGACAAGGUCGCUAUCCAGCUGAAUGACACUCACCCCUCCCUGGCCAUCCCUGAGCUCAUGAGGGUGCUGGUUGAUAUCGAGAAAGUGGACUGGGACAAGGCCUGGGACAUCACGGUGCGGACCUGCGCCUACACCAACCACACGGUGCUGCCUGAGGCCCUGGAGCGCUGGCCCGUCCAGCUCUUGGAAACCCUCCUGCCCCGGCACCUGGAGAUCAUCUAUGAAAUUAACCAGAGAUUCCUUGAUAAAGUCAAAGCCUUGUUCCCCGGGGACUUCGACCGGCUGCGGCGCAUGUCCUUGGUGGAGGAGAGCGGCAUCAAGAGGAUCAAUAUGGCUCACCUAUGCAUCGUGGGCUCCCAUGCCAUCAACGGGGUCGCCCGCAUCCACUCCGACAUAAUCAAGAAGUCUGUCUUCAAGGAUUUCUAUGAGCUUGAGCCGCACAAAUUCCAGAACAAAACCAAUGGGAUCACACCUCGGCGCUGGCUGGUUCUGUGCAACCCAGGGCUUGCUGAGGUCAUUGCUGAGCGUAUUGGGGACGAAUACAUCUCUGACCUUGACCAUCUGAAAAAGCUUCUGGCCUACGUGGACGAUGAGGGAUUUAUCCGGGAUGUUGCCAAAAUUAAACAGGAGAACAAGUUGAAGUUCGCUGCCUAUCUGGAGAAGGAGUACAAGGUGAAAAUCAACCCGAACUCCCUCUUCGACGUGCAGGUGAAAAGGAUCCAUGAGUACAAGAGGCAGCUGCUCAACUGCCUCCACGUCAUCACCCUUUACAACCGGAUCAAGAAGGAGCCCAACCAGCAUUUUGUGCCACGCACUGUCAUGAUCGGCGGCAAGGCCGCCCCUGGCUACCACAUAGCCAAGAUGAUCAUUAAGCUGGUCACGGCAAUCGGGGACGUCAUCAACAACGACCCCAUCAUUGGCGACCGCCUCAAGAUGAUCUUCUUGGAGAACUACCGCGUCUCCCUGGCUGAGAAGGUGAUCCCAGCGGCCGACCUGUCCGAGCAGAUCUCUACGGCCGGCACAGAGGCCUCGGGCACCGGCAACAUGAAGUUCAUGCUGAAUGGGGCGCUGACCAUUGGCACCAUGGACGGCGCCAACGUGGAGAUGGCAGAGGAGGCGGGCGAGGAGAACAUAUUCAUCUUCGGCAUGCGGGUGGAAGACGUGGAAGAGAUGGACAGGAAAGGCUACUGUGCCAAGGACUAUUAUGACCGCAUCCCGGAGCUCAGACAGGUGAUCGACCAGCUGAGCAGCGGCUUCUUCUCCCCCAAACAGCCCCAGCUCUUCAAGGACAUUGUCAACAUGCUGAUGAACAAUGACAGGUUCAAAGUGUUUGCGGAUUACGAAGCCUACAUCAAAUGCCAGGAGAAUGUCAGCGCCCUCUACAAGAACACCAAGGAAUGGACCAAGAAGGUCAUUAAAAACAUCGCCACCUCGGGCAAGUUCUCCAGCGACCGCACCAUCGCGCAGUACGCCCGUGAAAUCUGGGGUGUCGAGCCCACCCACCACAAAAUCCCUGCGCCCGAUGAUCCCCGUGAAUAGCCCCCCUGAGGCCUGCCUGC